UGCAUACAAGGGAAGGAAACACAGGGAGGCUAAAUUUUAAAGAAGUUGAAGAAAGUCUGAUCUCAUCUUUCAUUUACCCGAAAUGUAACUUCUCUCUUUCUGUUGCAUUAUUAUUAAAGCAAAGUAGAAACAUUUGUCAGACUCAGAGCAGCUGAGUGACAGAGUGUCAGUGCUGGAUGUGAGGAUGAGGUACACUUUGAUCUGUGUGCUGGGAUUAUUCUCGCUGAAUACACUCUUCUACGGACACUCUGAAGAUGAUGAUGUGAUCCUGGAAAGUCCUGAAUUCACAUUGUUUGAAGGAGACUCAGUGACUCUGCGCUGUAGACAUCGUACUCUUGGAUAUGAGAAGAAAGCCACCUUCUACAGAAAAGGAUCACCUCUUGAAACAUAUACAAACCAUCAACCACAUAGAAUAUCAAACACCACUGUAGAAAUGACCAUUUAUUCAGUAUCAGUGUCAGACAGAGGUUUUUAUAAGUGUAAGUUUGAUGAGGGGACAGAAUCCAAAGAGAAAGAACUACAAAUUAAAGCACGUAGACGCAACAUUACACUGAGAGCAGACAGGAACAUCAUACCAGUACAGGGAAGUGUGACUCUGACCUGCAAUGUGGAGGACUCUACUGGCUGGAAAUAUGACUGGUACAGACGUACCUCUAAAAAUUCUCAAGUAACUCAUCUUCAGACAGCAGAAGGUGAUGAAUCAGACAGUAUCAGUAUCUCACAGGGAGGCAUUUACACCUGCAGAAGAUGGAGAACAGAUGUCUUCACACCUGGAAGUGAUAAAGUCACCAUUGAGGAAACAGUUCCAAAUAAGGCCACUGUGAUCCUGCAACCCAAACUGAUAUUCAGGGGUGAGACAUUCACUGUCAGAUGUGAGAUCCAGGGAGGUGGAGACACUGAGUGGACGUAUGAAUGGACACCAGCCAACUUAAACACAUCUCCAACACUCAGUGAACACAGGAUCAACAGCAACAAUUACUACAGUGGAGAAUUCAAGUGUAGAGGAAGGAAGGACUCAUAUUCCUCGACAGGGUGGAGUGAUGUCAUCACAUUGACAGUAAAACCAUAUAAACCAAAGGCCAAACUGAGUGCUGACAACACAGACAUUCCAGUAGGGGGCAGUGUGACCCUGACCUGCUCUGUGGACCCAUCAUCAUCUGGUUGGAAAUACGACUGGUACAAAGAUGAGAAAACCUCUGAACCCCUGAACACACAAGAUGCUGUUUCCCAAUCAACUGGACAAAUCAGUGUCCCACAGGGAGGACUCUACUGGUGCAGAGGAGGAAGAGGAAACCCAGUUUACUACACAGAGUACAGUGAUUCAAUCUGGAUCAACAAAUAUGUCUCAAACAGAGCGGUUGUGACUCUGCAACCCAACUGGCCAAAGAUAUACAGUGGAGAGGCGAUCACUCUCAGAUGUGACAUCAAGGAUGGAGGAGACACUAAGUGGGAGUAUGAAUGGAAAACACCCAGCUCAAUAAAACCUCAAAUACAAAAUGAAUACAGGAUCAGUUCUGCUUAUCCAUCAGACAGUGGAGACUACAAGUGUUUGGGCAGAAUGAAAAGUGAACAAUCUUCAACAGAGUGGAGUGAUGCCGUCAAACUGACAGUAUUACAUGCACCUGUCCUCACUGUGUCUCCAUCAUGGCUGAGUCCUGGAGACUCAGUAACUCUGAGCUGUGAGGUUGAACAUCCAUCUGCAGGAUGGAGGUUCUACUGGUAUAAGACUGUUCCCAAACUAUCAGACAACUCCUACAGCUAUGAGCUGCUACCUGGUAGCACCAAUGGGACUGAACAGGAUUCCUACAUCGUUCAUGGGUCGACACACACAACAAGAUAUAUGUGUAGAGCUGGAAGAGAAGACCCAGUGUUUUGGACUCAUUACAGCAAACCUGAGUUUGUUUGGUCUGGAGAUGUUCAUUCAGCAGUGACUCUCAAAGUGAGUCCUGACAGAGUGCAGCACUUCAUCUAUGACUCUGUCUCAGUGAGCUGUGAAGGAAACUCUACUGAGUGGAGAGUGAGGAGGUUUUUUAAGGGCAGCUACUGGUCAUACUGUCCUAACUGGGGGUCAAUGACUGGAUCCACAUGCAACAUCAAGAGUUCAGAGCAGAGUGACGCAGUGUACUGGUGUGAGUCUGGAUCAGGAGAGUUCAGCAAUGCAGUCAACAUCACUAUACAGAAUGCAGAUAUUAUCCUGGUGAGCCCUGUGCAUCUUGUGACUGAGGGAGAUUCUGUUACUCUUGGCUGCAAACUGAAGAGAGGAGAAUUACUUUCCAAUGUGUUUUUCUAUCAAAAUGACAAACUUAUCCAAAAUGAUACCAGAGGGGAGCUGAAAAUCUCUGCAGUGUCAAAGUCAGACGAAGGCUUCUACAAGUGUAAAUACUCAGGAAAAGAAUCAGUACAGAGUUGGAUGUCAGUUAAGGCAGUGUCCAGGCCUGACAGCUCUUCAUCUCCUAUACCAUUAAUUGUUGGGCUGGUUUGUGGAAUUAUUCUUAUUAUUCUCCUGCUCCUGUUGUAUUGCUACAGACGAUCCAAAGAUUCACACUUUAUCAGGCCGAUCCAGCCUGAGAGCACCAAUCAGAAUGAAAACUCCUCUUCUCUCUAUGAUGCAGGAGAAUCGCAGGAUAUUACAUAUUCUUCGAUCGAGCUUAAAAACAUUGCUAAGAGGGGGAAGCGUCAUGAAACAGUGGAGAGCUCUGUUUAUGCUGAUGUGAAGAUAGGAUCUGCUGCAGAUGAUAAUCUAACGUAUGCCCAGGUUAACUAUCACAAUAAAGGCAAAGCCAAGAAACACAAAGGAAAAUCAACUCCUGCAGCAACUGAUGAAGCUGUUUAUUCUGAAGUUAAACCAGGAACAGCUCUUGGUCAGUGAAGACAGCUGUAUGGACAAGGCCAAAUAAAUAUGGUUAACAGCAUUUUAUAUAACCAUUGUGUGCAACUCUGCUAUCCAAAUAUCAGCGAUGCUCAAUGUUUUGUACAGUUAAUGUAAUAGCAGAUGAUAUAAAAUAAUUACAUCAUGUGGAUUUAAUACUCUCCUUUUUAGCAGAAAGUACAAGACUACUGAGGUUUAUUCUCAUUUAGUAUUUAAACACUGUAUCAUUAUUAUCAUUAUUUUUACAGUUAUUUUAAAAACUUUGAUUGCAGGCUGAUUCAAAAAGCAGCAGGAGGUAUCAGUUUGAAAUGUUUAAACGACAUUACCCAGGUGGUACUGCAGCUUUAAAGUCAACAUAUUUUUCAGUGUUAGAUGAAAAAACUCCAGGAUGGACGUCAACAAUUACUUUUGUAUAUGUAAUGAACUGCUAUCAACUAUUACAUGUAACUUUUGCUGUUAUUAUACUGGAAAGUUUUCUUGUCUAUUUACAAAUGAAUUUACUGGUGCUGUAUGUGCUUUAUUUUUGUUAGACAUCAAUAAACUUUU